AUGGGCUCCAAGAAUUACCAUUGGAAGGGUCUUCUAGACAAGCUAGCAUCCCGCGCGUACAGCAACACCAACGCCUGGACCGCCACGGAUCAUACAGCCUACCUCUUAGACUCCAUCGGCUGGGAUGGCUUCGCCCAGAUCCUUCCCCUCUACCUCGAGCAUGUCCUUCUCCCCACCAUCACUAACGAAGCAUGUACCACGGAGGUGUGGCACGUUGACGGGGAGGGAAAUGAUGCCGGUGUCGUUUAUUCAGAGAUGCAGGGCGUGCAGUACAAGAGCGCAGAGCUGAUGGAAAUAGCCGCAAAGCGCCUCCUGUACCCCGAGAACGUUGGGUUUCGCUACGAGACUGGUGGCAUGAUGGAAGCCCUCAGGGUCCUUACCCCCGAGCGAAUUCGCGAGUUCCACCGCGCCAUGUAUCAGCCCCGGAAUCUUUGUGUUAUCAUCAUUGGCGAUGUGAACCAUGCAAACCUUCUCGAGAUUCUCGAAAAUUUUGAGGAGAGCAUCAAGGAGCACAUCCCCCUCUGGACAGUCCUUUUAAGAGGUGAGCAGCAUCCCAUUGCGCCGCAGUAG